AGCUUGCCCCACCCCUUGCCAAGAGCCUUGACGACUGUUGCUACCCGGCGCUGACUGGUCCCGCGGCAGUGCUUGGGAACAAGCUCCCACAAUUCCCUGCGCGCGGGGUUCGCCUUCUUUGCCGUCCCCGCCCACGACGCCCGGCCCGGAGGACCUGGAGCAUGAGGGUCCCAGGUCACUGUCACCUGAGGGAGGGUUCUUUGGACAUCAAAGUAAAUAUUUUCUUAUCUCAAGAUCAUUGUCAUUAAUCUUCACCAUGGCGUCUGGGAAUGAGUCAGUUAUGUUUAAAGAGUUUUGCCCCUUAUACUAUCUUCUUAAUGCCAUUCCAACCAAGAUACAAAAGGGCUUUCGCUCUAUUGUGGUUUACCUCACAGCACUUGACACCAAUGAGGACUAUAUUGCAGUGGGCAGCAGCAUUGGGAUGCUUUAUCUUUACUGCAGACAGUUAAAUCAAAUGAAAAAAUACAAUUUUGAGGGGAAAACUGAAUCUAUAACAGUUGUUAAACUCUUAAGCUGCUUUGAUGAUCUUGUGGCAGCUGGCACAGCCUCAGGGAGGGUUGCAGUCUUUCAGCUUGUGUCUUCAUUGCCUGGUAGAAAUAAACAGCUUCGGAGGUUUGAUGUAGCUGGUAUUCACAAAAAUAGCAUAACUGCUUUGGCUUGGAGUCCCAAUGGCAUGAAAUUAUUCUCUGGAGAUGACAGAGGGAAAAUUGUCUUUUCUUCUUUGGAUCUUGACCAGGGAGUCUGCAACUCCAGCUUGGUGUUAGAAGAACCAUCUUCAAUUGUGCAACUAGAUUACAGUCAGAAAGUUCUUCUAGUUUCCACUUUACAGAGAAGUUUGCUUUUUUACACUGAAGAGAAAUCGGUCAAACAAGUUGGAACCCAACCAAGAAAAAACACAGGGAAAUUUGGAGCAUGUUUUAUACCUGGGUUAUGCAAACAAAGUGACCUCACAUUAUAUGCUUCAAGACCUGGGCUACGGUUAUGGAAGUCUGAUGUCCAUGGAACGGUUCAGGCUACAUUUAUUUUAAAAGAUGUGUUUGCUGGAGGAGUAAAACCCUUUGAACUAUAUCCUCGACUGGAACCAGCUGACAAAGGAAGUUGCACUUUCUCAGAGAAACACCUAGGGCUUGUGUCAUGCUUCUUUCAAGAUGGCUGGGUACUGAGCUGGAAUGAAUAUAGUAUUUAUUUAUUAGACACUAUAAAUCAGGCUACAAUUGCUGGUUUGGAAGGUUCAGGUGAUAUUGUAUCUGUAUCCUGUACUGAAAAUGAAAUAUUCCUCUUAAAGGGGGAUAGAAACAUUAUAAGAAUUUCAAGCCAACCUGAAGGACUAGGAUCAUUAGGUAGAGAUGGCACAGAAACCUUGGGAUAUUCUGAGAAAAUCCACCUGCAAAGUUUGGAUAAGCUAGGGGCCUUUAGUAGUGAAACCAGAAACAGAGGCUCCUCAAUCACCAGUGAAUCAAGAAGUCGGAGUAGUUCUAUGAAUUCUAUAGACAGUAGUUCUAGUUUUCUGACAACUGGAGACCAAGGGUCCUCUGAAGUAUUGAAAGAAAGCCAGCAUUCUCAUAGGUUCAGUGUAAUUAGCUGUGAAGACUUUGACCAAGAACUUAUUGUGAAACCUAUUAAAGUGAAAAAGAAAAAGAAAAAACAAGAAAGUGGGACCAGGAAAACACCAAGAUCUCUUGAAGGAACUCCAUGUUAUGAGCAUCAGUUUUCUGAUGAAAGUCCUCACUCAACAACCACAGACCAAUGUUCUAUGACCUCAAGUUUUCUGAGCAGCAGUCUAGAUCAAACAAGUACAGAUUCUCCUGAUCAGCAAAAUAUAUUCAGUGGGGAAUUGCAUAGUGUUUUACAGGAAAAUAAUGACUCUGAAACCUUUAGUGUUCUUGAAGUGUCAGAAUCUACCCCAGAUUUAUUAGAUUUAGAAAAUGAGAUUAAAUAUCAAAUACUAAAAUACAACCAUGAAAGUGGAAUGGAUACAGAUAAUUUAGUUUCUAAUCUACCUGUGCCUCUAACUGAAGAGGAAGUAGAAGUUGAUGAUACAUCAGGACUCAAACCCAGACAUUUUCUUGAGGAUGAUGAGCAAAGUAGUCAAGAAUCUCCCAACCAUGAACAAGGUAACUUUACUAAAUUACAAAAAGCAGGUGAAACAAUAGAUGAACUGAAAAUUCAAGAGGCUGAAAGCACUUUUUCUGAAAAAAAUUGCACAGAAACACAAGCAGUGCCUUUGAUUCCUAAUACUUUAUCAAGUGCUGAGAAACUGUUGCCUGGAAAAAGAAAUGAUGAAAACUGGAUAGAAAUGCCAGGAAUACCAGAAUGUUUUUCAGUGAAUGUGACCCUAGAAAACCUCAGUUCAGAUUCCUGCCAUAGCCCCAUAAAAGAUAAUGAUUUUGAUCAGCAGGAAAAAAAAUUACUUUCUGAAUUUGAUUUUGGAGCAGAAUCUAUUCCUCAGGUGUCUGUUUCAGUACCCAUUAUCAACGAAACUAAGAUUAAACAAUCCCUACAAGAGCCAGUGUUAACAUCCAGUGAUGAAGAGGAUAUUUAUGCUCGUGGUCUGCCUUAUUCGUCAUCUGAAGCUAGUGUAGCUGAACUUGGUGGUAGUCUUUCUCUCCAGGAUGUGGCCAAAGCAAAUCUUGAGGAAACAGUUUUGUUAAAAUCAGAUCAGUUUGCAGAAAGCUGGAUGGGAUACUCUGGCCCUGGCUAUGGAAUCUUAAGCCUUGUGGUUUCAGAGAAGUAUGUCUGGUGCCUGGACUACAAAGGUGGACUAUAUUGUAGCGGCCUCCCUAGUGCUGGAAUACGGUGGCAGAAAUUUGAAGAUGCAGUCCAGCAGGUGGCAGUCUCUCCUUCAGGUGCACUUCUCUGGAAGAUUGAACAGAAAUCUAACAAGGCAUUUGCCUGUGGGAAAGUAACCAUCAAAGGAAAGCGGCAUUGGUAUGAAGCACUGCCACAAGCUGUAUUUGUAGCUUUAAGUGAUGAUACUGCUUGGAUUAUUAGGACUAAUGGAGAUUUGUACUUACAAACAGGUUUGAGUGUGGAUCGUCCUUGUGCUAGAGCUGUGAAGAUUGACUGCCCAUAUCCUCUGUCCCAGAUCACAUCUAGAAACAAUGUGGUAUGGGCAUUAACUGAACAAAGGGCACUUCUGUAUCGAGAGGGAGUGAGCAGCUUCUGUCCCGAAGGGGAACAAUGGAAAUGUGACAUUAUAAGUGAAAGGCAAGCUUUGGAACCUGUAUGUAUAACUCUUGGAGAUCAGCAAACCAUAUGGGCUUUGGACAUCCAUGGAAAUCUCUGGUUCAGAACUGGUGUUGUUUCCAAGAAACCUCAAGGAGAUGAUGACCAUUGGUGGCAAGUAAGCAUCACAGAUUAUGUGGUGUUUGACCAGGGCAGUUUGUUCCAGACAAUAAUUCAUGCCACACACACAGUGGCAACAGCUGCACAGGCUCCUGUGGAGAAGAUGGCAGAUAAACUUCGAAUAACAUUUUGGCCACAGCAACUUCAGUGUCAACCAAGCUUGCUUGGGGUCAAUAAUAGUGGCGUUUGGAUCUCAUCAGGCAAGAAUGAAUUCCAUGUAGCAAAAGGAAGUCUAGUAGGGACAUAUUGGAAUAAUGUUGUUCCACGUGGUACUGCUUCAGCAACAAAAUGGAUAUCUGUGUUGGCUUCUGCAGCUCCUACUAAAGAAGGAAGCUUUUUGUGGUUGUGCCAGAGUGCCAAGGAUCUUUUUUGUGUGAGUGACCAGAAUCCACAGUUCCGUCCUUCUACAGUUCAACUUCCUCCUGAUACUGAAAUGAUAGCAUACUCUGCCUGCCAGGAUGCCAUAUGGGGCUUAGAUAACUUUGGACAAGUGUUUAUCAGAACACUGUCCAAAAGCUGCCCAACAGGAAUGCAUUGGAUGAGGCUGGACCUUUCUCAGUUAGGGGCUAUAAAAUUAAUCAGUUUGUCAUGUGGAAACCAACACAUCUGGGCCUGUGAUUCCAGGGGUGGCGUUUACUUCCGAGUAGGAACCCAGCCUCUAAAUCCUAGUUUGAUGCUUCCAGCAUGGAUAACAAUUGAGCCACCUGCACAGGUUGAACAAUUGUGUUCAAGUGACAACUUCUAAAGUGCCACUAACCGGCUAGAAACUGGAAAAUGAAUGGAUGCCCAUCAAUUGGAGAAUGGCUGGGUAAAUUGUGGUAUAUGAAUGUUAUGGAAUAUUAUUGUUCUGUAAGAAAUGACCAGCAGGAUGAAUACAGAGAGGACUGGCGAGACUUACAUGGACUGAUGCUAAGUGAAAUGAGCAGAACCAGGAGAUCAUUAUACACUUCGACAACGAUAUUGUAUGAGGACAUAUUUUGAUGGAAGUGGAUUUCUUUGACAAAGAGACCUGAGUUUCAAUUGAUAAAUGACGGACAAAAGCAGCUACACCCAAAGAAAGAACACUGGGAAAUGAAUGUGAACUAUCUGCAUUUUUGUUUUUCUUCCCGGGUUAUUUAUACCUUCUGAAUCCAAUUCUCCCUGUGCAACAAGAGAACUGUUCGGUUCUGCAAACAUAUAUUGUAUCUAGGAUAUACUGCAACAUAUCCAACAUAUAAAGGACUGCUUGCCAUCUAGGGGAGGGGGUGGAGGGAGAGAGGGAAAAAAAAAUCGGAACAGAAACGAGUGUCAAUAUAAAGUAAUUAUUAAAUAAAAAUUAAAAAAAAAAAUAGAAAAAAUAAAUAAAUAAAAUAAAGUGCCACUAACCUAGGGCACCGAGAAGUUUAGCAAUUUACCCAAGCUCCCACAGUCAAUGUUUCAGAAGGUAGGACUUGAAAUCUAGGUCCUGCUAGCUUCUAGGCUGGGCUUCCCCAUUGUCACUUCCAGGCUCUUCCCUUACUUCCCCAUCAGUCAAUAAUCUAUCUAUCUCUGAAGUUCCUGCUAUUCUGUCUAAUCAAAAUCCUGGUAGCUGUUGUCUACAGACUCCCAGGUCACUCCCCUUCCUUCUUCAAUGAAUUUGGUACAUAGCUCACGAUUUUUCUCUUCUCUCUGACUCCUGCCCUUUUACUAGAAGACUUAAAUGUACAUCUUGGACUCUGCCUCAAACACUGUAACUAUUCAGUUUCUCAAUCUAUUCACUUCCCAUGAACUACUAUUUCCACCUUAGCCACAACAAGUAUUUGUGGUGUACUUAGCACCAUGCUGCUAGUAAAUACUACACUUCACUUAGAUUACCUUUUCAACUCUACACUGUCCUCCUCUCUUAUUUGCUGCUACUCUUGUCAUAUCAGUGAUUAUAUCCAGACAAGCUCAGUCUUGGAUCAUUCCCACAAUUCAUCACUUUCACUCGUGUAGGUGAAGGUGAAGAAGGUGAAGAAGGUGACUUUAGCAUAUAGUAGGUACUUAAUAUAUGUUUAUUGAAUAAUUUUUAUUCAUAUAUAUAAAACAAAGCCUAGAUUAUCUGAAGCUAUGAAAACCACAAAAUAAAAUACAUUCACAGUCCACUUGACAAGAUCACUACCUAGUUUUUGUUUUCUUUUACUUUUAAUACUUAUUAUUUUUCCAUUGGUAUUAUUUCUUUUCUUUCUUCUUGCAUUUCAGCUUUCAUUUAUCAAAGUAGUAAUAAUAAAUAUUUAUUAAGUUCCUACUACACAUAAGAAACUAGAGGCACUAGAGACAAAAGACAAAAAUGAAACAGCCCCAGCUCUCAUGAAGCUUACAUUCUGUGGAAAAAAAAAUAUGUAUCCAUAAAAGUAUAUGCAAAAUAAAUACAAGAUAAUUUUAGUGUAGAGGGAGGCAUUAGCAGCUGUGGGGAAAAGAAAAGACCUUUUGCUAUUUGUGCUGAACUUUGAAUGCAACCAGGGUUUGAGGCAGAGGUAAGGAGUGACUGCAUUUCAGGUGUGAGAAAUGGGUUCUGUGAAAGCAUGGAAACAGAAACACAACUAAUAAAUGGCAGACCUAGAAUUUCAGUCUCAGUCUUCAGAUUUUCUAUCAGGUUUCUUUUUUCUAGGUAGCUUCCCUGUUGUGAGAGAAAAUUAUUCUUGGCAAAUUUGCCACUUGAACAGAUCAUCUUUCAGUUUACCUCAGCUAAUAUUUACUAAAGGCCAACUUUUUGAAGAUUAUUGCCCACUUUAGUAAGAAACAUUUCUUAACAGAAACAUCUGUCAUACACAUGUCUGCUACUGUUAUUUAUGAUGAACAGCAUUUUGAUUACACAUUCUUCAACAGUUUAUGUGCUGUUGAUGUAAGUUUUGAUUUUCUUAUUAGGGAAAUUGAGGGGAGGAGGCCAGGUAGAUUCCAAUUCAUACUCAUAGGUUGACUAUGCUAGUCUAAGCCAUCAUAGCGAUAGCUGUGUCAGUCCAGUCAGACUGUCCAGUCAGUCGAGUCUGAAUGGAGGAAAGGGACUACAUAUGCAAUUGAUUGAAACUUUUUUUUAACAUGGAUCAUGAACUCUCAUUAAUUCUCAGAUAAGUUCCAAACAUUGGAGUACAUUCAGAAGUAUCUGCUUCUGAUAGAAAUUAACAGUCUUCCAUUAAGUUUCAUAAUAUUCAAGUGAAGCUCCUUGCUGAUAGGAAGGUCAGAGUUAGAAUUUUGUUUGCUGCCAUUGAGAUUUUUCUUCAACUUUGAGCAAGCUUGAGGACUUGGACACAUAGUAGGCUAAGAAUUUAUAGAUUUUUAGCUUCUAGCAGCAAACAUCAAAAAAACUACUAUCUGAAUCAGUGAGAUGUUAGCAUUACAAAGUAAAAAAUUAUAAUUUCCUAAUCAUAGGCAAAUAUCAUAGAAUUCUUGAAUGGGGAUUUUCAAGUGUAGCCCUGUUCUGCAUUACAAAUAAACCAGUCAAGAUAUAAAGUUCUAUCAGUCAGAUUACAAAAGUAUAGCCUCUCAUUUAAGGUAAGGUAGGCAUUACAUUAGGUACCAAUCUGGACCAGAUGAAAAUUGCAAGCACAAAAAUGGAACAGUUCCAAGAAGUGUGGAGGGUAGGCUGGAGAUAAUACUCAGUAAUGAAACAGCCUGUUGAAAUUCAUUUCAUAGACCAUAAGGACCUAUAAUGACCAGGUUUUUCAGGAAUAUUACAGUGAUCUCUUUAAAAUCAGAAUAUUAGCAUUCGAAUGAAUUAGAGAUAAAGAGUAAAAACUACUUUCCUUUUACAGAUGAAACAGCCUAUGCCUAGAGAGUUAGUUGUGCAAGGUCAAAUAGUAAGUAAUACAACUAAAAAUCUAAUUCAGGUCUUCUUAACUCCAGGUACAAUGUUUUUUCUCCCAUGUCAUAGCAUCUCUACAUCAGGAGUUCUUAACCUCCAAAGUAUUCAUGGAUAGAUUUCAGGAAAUCUCUAUACUUGGAUGGAAAAAAUUUUAUAUUUUUAUUUUUACUGUCCUCUAACUGAAAUGUAAAAUUUCCUUUUAUUAUGAAUUUCUCUUAGAAACAUUAUUCUGAGACGUGUUCUUAGGUUUUUUCAGAUUGCCAAGGAAUCACAGACACACACACACA